CUUACGCAACUCUUCCUGCAUCCUCCCCCUUGUCUCCCCCCACUUACGCCCCCGGCUUGUAAAUGUUAUUAAAAAAAAAAAAAAAAAACAUACCCGAGGAUCUACUCUGGAAAGUCAAAGCAUUAUCUAUUAUUUAAUAUGUAUCUGUGUCCGAGGAAAAAUGAGGAAGGCGCUGCAUGAUUAGGACCUAAGGGGCAACCCAGCAAACUGAGAGCGUAAUGAUGCCCCUAAAUGAAGGGGGAAAUGUGCCGCGGCGCGCUCUAUUAAUCAGACUGUCAAUUUCACCCCCGAGGCCAAACCCCCGGGCGAGCAGAACUGGCUCCGAGCGGGCAAAGGACUGGAGCCUUCCUCCUCACUUGUCUCUUCUCGCCUCCUACCUGGAUCUAUUUGUCUGCUCUGAAGCUGCCUUCAUUACCCACUGACAGGAGCGUGUAUUUAUUUGCUUAUAAACCUGUUACAAUAAAUGAUUAUUCGAACAGCGUCAUUCGUACCUUAAUGACGAGCGGGCGCUACUUUUUGAUGAAUGACAUCUCGGGCUCGGAAGGAUGUAUGGGUCAUUUUGACCAGUCAUUCCCUCGCUCUGGCAUCCCACAUUUUUUCCGCCUCUCUCCGAAAGAGAUAAUAAUAUUUAGAGGCGUUCGCUAGGACUGAAUGAGAAUUAGCCCUAGGCGCAGCCCAUCAUUAGGACGGGACAGCAGGGCCACUGUGACAUUUUAAAGAAAGCUGAGAUGAUGGAAAGAAUAAGAAAAGAGAUGAUUCUGAUGGAGAGAGGGCUGCACAGCCCUACGGCCGGCAAGAGAUUCUCCAAUUUGUCCGACUCGGCUGGCAAUGCUGUGCUCGAGGCCCUGGAAAAUUCGCAGCACCCGGCUCGCCUCAGCCCGCGCCUGCCGUCUGCCCCCCUGCACGGCACUCUGGGAGACCUCCCCGCCAAGGGCAAAUUCGAAAUAGACACUUUGUUCAACCUGCAGCACCCAGGCAGUGAAACCACUGUCUCCUCCGAAAUCGCCGCCGCCGCCGAGAGCCGCAAGAAGCAGGGCCAUUAUUCAGAGGCGGCCGCCGAGGCCGAAAUGAGCAGCGACGUGGAGGUGGGCUGCUCGGCGCUGCGCUCCCCCGGCGGCCUCGGCGCCUCUCAGCUCAAGGAAAACAAUGGCAAAGGGUACACAGAGAGCAGUUCGGCUGCUGGCACGACGACGUCGGCGUCGGGCUCAGGCCUCGGCAGCCUUCAUGGAGGCAGCGGCGGCAGCGGCGGAGGCGCGGCGCUGGGUGGCUCCGGCUCCGGCGCGGAUCAAGUGCGGCGCUACCGUACUGCGUUCACCCGCGAGCAGAUCGCGCGCCUGGAGAAGGAGUUCUACCGGGAGAACUAUGUGUCACGGCCCCGCCGGUGCGAGCUGGCCGCGGCGCUCAACCUGCCCGAAACCACCAUCAAGGUGUGGUUCCAGAACCGGCGCAUGAAGGACAAGCGGCAGCGCCUGGCCAUGUCCUGGCCGCACCCAGCCGACCCCAGCUUCUACACCUACAUGAUGACGCACGCGGCCGCCACCGGAAGCCUGCCCUACCCCUUCCACUCGCACGUGCCGCUGCACUACUACCCACACGUGGGCGUCACGGCGGCGGCGGCUGCGGCAGCAGCCUCUGGCGCAGCAGCCGCGGCUUCGUCGCCCUUCGCUACUUCCAUCCGGCCGCUGGACACCUUCCGAGCCCUCUCGCACCCCUACUCUCGGCCGGAGCUGCUGUGUAGCUUCCGCCACCCUGGUCUCUACCAGGCUCCCGCGGCGGCCGCCGGGCUCAAUAGCGCGGCCUCGGCUGCAGCUGCCGCGGCAGCUGCAGCGGCUGCUGCCUCCUCGGCUGCAGCGGCCGGAGCGCCCCCCAGCGGCGGCUCUGCACCCUGCUCGUGCCUCAGUUGCCACAGCAGUCAGUCGGCGGCAGCAGCUGCAGCAGCAGCUGCCGCAGCCCUGGGCUCCCGGGGUGGCGGUGGUGGCGGCGGUGGCGGUGGCGGCGGCGCAGGUGCCGGGGGAGGCUCGGACUUCGGCUGCAGCGCGGCGACUCCGCGUUCCGAGAGUGGCUUCCUACCCUACUCGGCCGCCGUGCUUAGUAAGACGGCCGUGAGCCCGCCGGACCAGAGGGACGAGGCUCCGCUCACCAGAUAACUACGUCGCCACCGCCAGGGGGCCGCGCUCGCCGCUCUGAGUGUGUCCGGGAGUCCCCUGUGCGCCCCCUGCGCCCUCCAUGCGCUGCCCGCUGCUACCGCUGCAGCCAGGGGGCGCCCCAGGGCCCGGGAGGCCGAAGGGAACCUGCCCUGAACUGGGGGGGAAGGAGCCGGCGCAAAAGCCUGGUGGGGGUCCCCGUAAAUUAUUUCUAUUUUUGUAUUUGCCACCCAGCGGUCUACCCUUAUCUCUUUUCUGGCUCCCAGGCUCCACUUUCCACCUCUGUCCUGAGCGCCUGACUCCCCAAAGACAAUCCCCCUUGUCCCCUAAGCUAGUCCGGGCUGUGCGCUCUCAGCCUCGGGUUGCUCGGCUGCACCGCGUAGCCCGAAGCAAAGGAGAACCACAACAAAGAGAGAGGGGGAUGCUGUGCGCUGGUGUUUGGAGGCGGGGUAGGAGUCGUCCCCGAGGUUUCUCGCUGCUGCUCUUUUUAUUCCAUAUUUCCUUUAUUUUCUUUAAACGAGGGUGGGGGAGGUGGCAAAUGUUCUUUCGGCCUGAGCUCGUUAGAGGCCCUGCCCGAAGACAGCGGGAGAAUGGAGGUCUGAGAAGGCCGGGAGGGCGGAUGGAGAGCGUGGGCAGUGGCGGGUGUGUUUGUGAGAUUGUUUAUUGCGUUCAGGAGCAAGGCGGGUAGGGCUGUGGCCGCCUUCUCUGGGAAGGACAAAGCCGAAGUGGGAAGGGGUGUCCGUCGCGUCUCCUCCUUCUCGGUCCUACACCGUUCCCUCUUUUGGUCUUUGGUUUCAGUGCUGAUGGAAUGGAAGCAUCUUGCAUAUUUUACGCAAAAAAUAAUGGCAAAAGAAGUUGCCACAGCCAGGCCAGGGAAGGGACAGGAAGGGGGUGGAGGUGGGGGUGGGGGCAAGAUUGAUAGAUCGCUGUAGUAUUUGGAGAGGCGUUUUCAGCUCAGUUUUCCAACUACUGGGUUCCACUCGAUCUGGGAAAUACUUGAAUCUCUAGAUAUAGUAAUAUUAUCCUAAAGCAUUUCCUUAGACAUUUUUCUAAGUUCGAACUCUCUAUGCCCCUCGUCCCCUUCCCUCUUUGCUUUCCUUUUCCUUGGGUGAAAUGGUUCUUGGCAUAUUUCUCAUGCAUGUCUAUUGCGCCCUCGCCUCUGCAAAGCCACCGCUGGGUUGCUGAGACCCGCUCUGCCAACCCGGCUACUGGAGGGGUUUCCUUGAACUUGAAGAAAGGUACAUCAAAACCCACCAGUGUUAACUGCCACGUCAAUUUUGAUGCUAAUAAUGUGCAGAUUAUGACGAAAAUUGCCAAUCAUGCUCUCUGAUGGACCUCCUUUGAAUGUGGAAUUGGAGAAAAGUUCCCCGCACGGAGACCUGCUGUCAAGUACUAACAACCCGCUAAGGGAAGUCAUUAGGAGAGACGGAUAAGAGACUCGGUACAUAAAACAUUGUUCUUGGUGCAUAGAAUGUAUGUUAUUUAAUGUUAUCUCUGUUACCUGAAGUGAUUUCGCAGAAGAAAGCCACGUUCUUAUCAUCUCAAUUGCCAAUUUUCAUUUUGGUAACUUGGACACCCUGGGUAGACUUUUCUCUGUUAAGUUGAUAUUCCACCAAUGUGAACAGCCUCAUUAAAUCAAGCCCAGAUAUUACCAUAAUGCUCCCCGCAGAGCCACUUCGCUCCUCACAUAAUGAGAUUUUCUGAAGAGUUGAAGCCCUAAAAUAACUUGCUAGUGCAUGUUUAGGCCCAGCGAAGUGGUAUGUGUGUGUACGUGUAUUAAAGUGUAGGUAUGCUACCUACAUGUGUAUGUGUAUAUAUAUGUAUAUGUAUGUAUAUGCAUAUAUAUAUCCUUGCUCUUAAACAAAUACAUAUGUGAGAGAGACACACAUAUUCAUUUAUACAUACACAUUGGCACUAUUUUCUGUGGUUUAUUUCAAAUUUGUGUCCUGACACAUUAUUGUUAUUUGAAAGACACUGGAUUUUAAAAUAUCAUUUCCUAAAUAUAGGCUUUCAGUAAACUUUUGAAAGAAUUCGUUUUCCAGGAGAAAUUAUUAUUUCCAUCAAAUGGAAAAUAUUUCAAGGGGAAACAGUAUUUCAAAAUUCCUGAAGUCUAUUAAAAUAUUCCCAUAAAAUAUUAGAGAACUUCCCAAUGAAAUAGCAAUGAUCUAAAGCUCAAGUUUUUGUUUUUGUUUUUAAAGACAUGAGACUACUUAUGUAAAAUAUCGAUUAUACCAGUCUUAUUUACCGAGUUUACAUUUUAAAAAAUAUUAAUAUAUAAUUUAAGGCUAAAUAAAAUAAACCAAAAUAUGAUAUACUUUAUCAGCUUUACCUUUUUAGAUUGUUAAAGUCCUUUGUUAUGAUCAGCUAACAGAUGUAUAUAAGGUACUUUAGGCAAUAAUGUUUACAUUUUCCCCCCAAAAUAUAUAUGAUUGAUGAGAACGCUGGUUGGUAAAAUUAACAUAAAUUCAUCAUACUUUGGGUCCAUUGGAUCUGGUUAUUAUGUUGAAAUGAAACUGUAAAUAAAGUCUUCGUGCUUUAAAAUAUCGCUGGAUGUACGAACUCACUGUAAGAUAUUUUACAAAUGUGCAAUAAUUAUAAAGCUUUGUAUAUUACGUUAUUUAUUGUGUUUGGUCAUGUAAAAUAAAUGUUAUUUAAAUCAA